GGGAGCGGAUUAGAGUAUUAGGUUUUUGGACUUCAUGACCCUUUUUCGACUUGCUACAAGACAACUCGCUGUUGUCUCCCCGUGUCCCACGAUGAACCUUAUUCUUUGGGCCUGUAUUGUAGGAUUUGCACGUUCAACUAGUAUUGCUGAGAGGUCUGAACUCAACGAUGACUCGCCGGGCGAUCAAGGCUUCUCCGGGGGUGUGUCGUCGGAAAUGUCGGCAGACGCCGAUCUGCAGAGUAGCUUUAAAGAAAGAUUAGGCGCCGUGAGGCGGCUGUCCAAAAGCGGGCUCCCCAUCCCCAUCCCCCGGUUCGGUGUGGCUUUCUCUAGCCCGCCCUCCCUUCAGGCGCUCAGACCCGUGCCCGGCGACGUCUCCAACGCGACUCUGCCGCCUGGUAUCCGCCAGCUCCUCGUCCCUCGCACCCCGCCACCCACAUCUCCGCCGGCUGGCCCUCUCCCGGAUGUCUCCGUCCUCUGCACGGAAACGGAGCUGAGCGUCAGGGUCAAGAAAGCCUUCUACGGUUUCGGGGCCUCUUCUGAUCAGCUCCUGCUGGGACCGAGCUGCAGGAGCAACGGCGCACACCAUCCCUCGGGCGAUCUGCUCUUCACCUACCCGCUGGUGAACUGCGGCAGCAAGCGCUUCAUGCCUCCGGGAUACCUGAUCUACAAGAUGAUCCUUCGCUAUCAGCCCAAAAGCAGCAACAGCCCCAUUCGAAGAGCUCAUCUGGUGAAUGUUGACAUUGAGUGCCGUUAUAAGAGGUAUCAUCAUGUCUACCAGGUUGCAGUGCGCCCUACCUGGCAUCCUGCUCCAGUAAAGAUCCUGCAGAGCCGGGCAGGAUAUGAGAUAAGAUCCAUGAACGCUGCCUGGACAGCAAGUGCUCCAUCCAACGUGUACAGUCUGGGGCAAGUGGUGAACUUCCAGGUGGUCGGGCUCCAGAUUUCUGCAGGGGAAAAGAUUUAUAUUGAAUCCUGUGUUGCAACCAUGUCUGAGGAUCCCAACUCCAGUCCUAGAUACAUGGUCAUUGAUAACUAUGGGUGCAUGGUAGACAGCAAAGUUGAAGGUAGUGGCUCCAAAUUUAUAUCGCCAAGAACUGACGAUACCAUAAACUUCUCCAUUGAUGCUUUUCAGUUCAGCUCAAAACCAACAUCUGAGAUCUAUCUUCAUUGCAAGCUGUUUAUUGCCACGGGUGGUGACAACAAUAUCGCCAAAUCCUGCACCUACAACGGCCAAGAGAGAAGGUGGAAGGGAAUUGAACCUGGUAACGAUCCUCUCUGUGCUUGCUGUGAUUCCACAUGCCUUGCUCCAGGUACUAGAUCCAAGUCGGUUGGUGUUGAGAGCAGCGGCCCAUUGCUCGUCACUGACCAAGCCUCCCUGGCUGCGACAGCCAUGCCGAAGACGGAAGCCGCCGCUGCUCUCGAGACGGAAGAGUCCCAGCCGUCAUGGGAUGACACGGGAGCCAUCUGGUUCGAGGCGAAAGCAGAUGCUCAGCCUGGCCCAGGGCAGAGGAGUGCCGGGACCGGUCCCCUGAGCGGUGACCUUGAGGAGCUCUGGGAUGAGGAGCUGGCGGGAGAAAUGGGGGAUUCUCCCUUUGUUGCGGAGGAGGAGCCUGAGUCUGAGGGUGUGAAAUGGGAGGAGCAAGGGGCUGAACGCUCCGAUGGUGGACUUGAAGGUUAUGGUGACCUUGAUCCAAUGCAGCGUCCUUCCGCUGAACUGGAGAGUGGCUCUCCAGACUCGAGUAUGGCCAAUGGUAUGGAGGGAAUCUCCCUGCUGGAAACUGGGAUGUGGCGGAAGGGCUCCUGGCAAGAGCAUGCUUAAUCACUUGGGGUGUGGGUACUGUGGAUUAGGUCCAUCUGCUAAAUAAACUGUCCUAGUUGCCACAA